CCAUGUCAAACUUCAAGUUUCCCGGUGUUUCAUGGCCAAACAUCAGCGGCCUUUACGUUGAUAGUUGAAUGGUGUCGCUGCCGGGGCAUGUCUAUCAUUUCUCAGUCUCGCUUCGGUGGUCCAAUGGCAAGUGCCGUAUAACGGUAUUAUGUCCAGCAAAAACGCCGUCACCAUACGUAUACCAAGGUCGUUAUUCCAGUUUGCUCAUCCUCUACUAUCAUGACCUUGGCCUCAAAUAUUCUCUUUUUUGGGCCAUUCAUCAAGGCGAGUCGUAUCGACAGCUAUUUUGCAGUCGCCUCCGCUGUUGGGUUGAUAUACGAUUGGGCACUUACAUUCGGUCAAGAAGUUGAAUUGAUCUGGAAGAAACGCUGGUCCCUAAUGACGGCGAUGUAUUUGAGUGUGCGCUAUGUUGGACUAAUAUAUUCUAUCAUCAGAGUAUUACUGUUUAUUCCGGUGACAACUGCAGUGAGCCCUGGUGGGUACCUCGCACUUGAUUGGAUGUGUGUCGUCACAAAUGCUAUACUGGGCGUCAUCAUGAUUGCUCGGUUAUAUGCCAUGUAUCAGAAAUCUAGAAACGUGUUGACAUUUCUUGUUGUCGUCUUCCUGGCUGUCAACAUCGCCAACGGAGUGCUCGCGGGAAUAAUAAUGAAGGAUGUUUCAGGGGAGAUAGUCGUUCUCUCAGGCAUGUAUCAGUGCAUCGUUAGCUUUGGGGGAGAUAGUGUAUUCCUGGGUUCCGUUACUUGGAUAUUUGCUGCUGUAUGGGAGCUCGUCACACUGUGUCUCGCAGUCUGGAUCACUGCCAAACACUUCCGUGAAUUACGGCGCUCAUCGGCAGGGGGUAUCAUCGGGGACUGUUUCACGGUGUUGAUCAAGACUCAUGUGCUUUACUUUGCGAGCUUUGUUCCUAUUGCUUGCUUCAACCUUGCUUAUUUAUCUCCAAUAACCCAAGUGGAACCAUAUUCUAUGAAACGGCACAUUUAUGUUGGGUUUCUCCAAAUUUUCUCACUAGCGGGGAAGUUUGUGCUGGGACCACGCCUGAUCAUUGGUGUUCGAGAGUAUCACGCUAGGCUUGUGACUGACUCAGAUGCAGCAACUAGCGUGACCUCCAUUGUUUUCGAGAAGCACGUAUAUGACGGGAAAUGCUCGGUAUGAUUUACACUAGUUGGGUACUGUGCAGGGAGCGGGUGGUUUUCUUUUGGUAUCGUUGUGUUACAAGUACUUGGGUGUUUUACAACGGACAAGUGUAUUUCACGACUCGCACUUGCACCAAGUGGUGCAAGCUCAUUAGAAAGUUUCGCAAGUAUGCACGUCUGAGUGCUCGAGCUGAAUUCAGAAAGGAGCUAAUGGAAUUCAUUCA